ACUAGUCUGGGCAACAUAGUGAGACCUCGUCUACAGAAAAAUUAAAACAUUAGCCAAGGUUCACUGGGUGUCUUCUCCUUGGCCCCUUCGCCCACGUGGUGAACACUGUGGACCUGCGAGGGUGUGAGGGUUGCGUUCCUGCGUUCUGGACUCUUUACCCACUACUGAGAAGCAGCUGUGUGAAAUAUGAGUCGGCACGGAAGAUCAGCAUGUAGGCUUAGACCAAGACGGUAUCUGCAGCCUCCUGAGCUAACUGGGCCUGUGCUUGAGCCCAGUGAUGAACAGCCUCAACGAGAGGCACCACCACCUGAAAGUCGGGGUCCCACACCUGGCCAGGAGAGAGAGGAAGAUCACGGUGCCGCUGAGAUUCUUGUGCUUGACCAGGAAGCUGAUCUCCGGGAGCUGUCUCAAAGACUGGGUGAAUGUGGAGAUGGUCCUGGUCCGGGGAAGAUUCUGCCGAAAUCAGAGCAAUUUAAACUGCCAGAAGGAGGUGAAGGGCAACCACAGGUUCCAAGGAAGACAAGCUGAAACAAUGCAAACU